UGUAAUAUCCGGAAGGGGCCGACGGAGAAUUCUCGGCCGGCAUACCGCUGCGGCCCCAGGCUCUGCUUGAGUGCUUUAUAACUGCUUGCCUGCGACCUCGAGCGAACUAUUCUCGGGGCAAGUGAAACGGGGUGACCGAGGUGUAUAUAGAAUUUUCACUGAGGGAAUGUGUGGGUUCAGUGAGCUGUAAUCAUUAUGUGUGGGUUUUAAGCGUGAUGUUGGGGUAUGGAAAAACAAACAUAUAUACAGUAUAUCCACACGUUCUAAUGAAUAAAAUAUGGGAUGUGAUAAAGGACACAAACAUACAUCCUUGUGCUAUAAUCCAACGAAACUCCAAAGAUAAACAUAUCAUUAGUAAAAUCCUAACAAUCCUUCGCAUGUCCUCAGGAGCAGCAGCCUCAUCACGCAGGAGAGCGGCCGCCGCACUGACGUGACCUUGGGCUGUCUUCAGGCUACUAUUAUGUCCUUCCCCCACGCCCACCACCUGGCUCCACCUUUUGCGGUCACGCCCAGCGCCCCCUCACCCACGCCCGUCGCCUCUCCGAUGCCCGGUCGCCGACUCCGUGCCCCCGUUAUGCCCGCUGACGAUGCAGGUCAGUCACCGGCGGCGGAGGCAGUUCCGGGGGGCCGCGUCUCCCGUGCGCAGCGGCCCGGGUCAGCGCGCGGGGGCAGGCGGCCGGAAAGAGUGCAGCGCAGGACGGGGAUGCAGCUGGAGCUACACGCCAAGGCCCGCGGAGCAGCGCCGCGGAACAAGACCGUUAUGACGACGGCGCUCAGCGGGGUCACGGAGGCCUCGUUUCAAUCGGACGCUGCAACGGUGACUUCAGACGUCCCGGCAGCCGGCCAGAGGUACCAGGUGGCUUCCCUCACUCGCCAGCCUCAUGUCAGCCACUGUAGAAGCGACUCUGAUUGUUCGGAGGACGAGGCGCGAGGCGGCAAGUUGUCUGAGCUGGAGAGUGAGGCUCGAAGACAGAUGAAGAGAGCUUUGGCCAAGCGAUGCGAAGACAAGCGCUGUGCUCGGCGAGGCUCCCGCGCUCGAGUGCCUUGGUCUGCCUCACAAGGAUCUCGAAAUCCUCCUGCUGGCGCUCACUCGGAGGAUGAAGCAGAGCUCGCCGUCGGGCCUCGUUCGGCCGACGCUCCCGAAGGAGGAAGAGGCGUCCUAGAGAUCGUGGAUGUCGCCGACGAGGAAGCCGACGUUGGAGCGAGUAUCGGGGGCGCCCCUGGUCAGGCUGGGCAGGCGAGCGGGCUGCUCUACGUGGCCGAGGACGCCGUGUUUGUGGAGACGGUGUGGAACGCCUUCCGGACGGACGUGAUGCGGGUCAUCUCCGGGAUCGGGUCGCGCAUCCUAAGGCCCGCGCCCUCCGCCCUGCCCUCGAGCCCCGGGGCGGCGAACCGGCCCUGUCAGAAAUCAAUAUGGAGGACGCGUAGACCCUCCGGACCUUCUGCGGCGUCCGUGCCUUUGUCUCUGCCUCGCUGGGUCACGCCCGUUCGCCGCUUCGAGGGCGCCGGGGGGACCAGCGUCAGCCCGCCCCGGACGCCAGCUCAGCCACGGGGGAGCGAGACGGCGGAGGGCUCCGUCGGGGGCAGCGGCAUUCCGACGGAGGACUCUGUCGGGAACGGCUCGAACGGCCCGAACGGCGCUGCCAGAGGGGCACGGAGAAGCUCUCAUCAUAACACAUAAACGACACGUGCAAGUCAGCAUCUCUGCUUCCCGUGGCCUUCGCUACGUUUCCCCGAGGGUUGACGGAGGGCCGACGGAGGGCUGACGGUGGGCUGACAG